GAGGACCAGGGGAGGCGCUUCUUGCUGGGGAGAGAGAAGAGAAAGAAAGAAAGGAACAGACCUGGAAAGUUUGGAAGAGAAAUUUUGCGAUUUGCUAAGCUGCCUACGGUUUUCGUUGCCAAGACGCAGUAAUGUCACACAGUUCCAAACAGCAGUCAGCUGGGCUCGUGAAUGCUGCUGCUAAAACUCCACAUGGAAGUUUCCUCGUGGCUGUUAAGCAAGAGAAGGGUGAGACCCCACAAUUAAUUGUGGAGAAACCCCACAGUGAAGAGGAGGUGAGGUCCCUGCCUGUGAAGAAACGGGGAUGGCCGAAAGGUAAGAAGAGGAAGAAAAUUCUCCCCAAUGGGCCCAAAGCUCCAGUGACAGGCUACGUCCGCUUCCUGAACGAACGGCGGGAGCAGAUCCGAAUGCAACACCCAGAUUUGCCCUUCCCAGAAAUCACAAAGAUGCUGGGGGCGGAAUGGAGCAAAUUGCAGCCCACAGAGAAACAGCGCUAUUUGGAUGAGGCUGAGCGGGAAAAGCAACAAUACAUGAAGGAAUUAAGAGAAUACCAACAGUCGGAAGCUUAUAAAAUGUGCGCUGAGAAGAUGCAGGAAAAGAAAAUCAAAAAAGAGGAAGGUGGGUCUGGAGCAGGGAACACACUCCUGAAUGGGUUCAAGGCUGAGGAGGGUAGCAGCAAUGGUUUCUCGACAUUUGACGUUCCCAUAUUCACGGAGGAGUUCUUGGACCAGAAUAAAGCCCGGGAAGCUGAGCUGCGGAGGCUGCGGAAGGUGAACACGGAGUUCGAAGAGCAGAACUCCAUUUUGCAGAAGCACACGGAGAGCAUGAGCUGUGCCAAGGAGCGCCUGGAGCAGGAGCUGCUGCUGGAAAAGAGGCAGAUGAUGGUUCUGCAGCAGCAGCUGCAGACGGUGCGGCAGGCGCUGACCACCAGUUUCGCCAGCCUUCCCAUUCCAGGUACUGGGGAGACGCCCACACUGAGCACUUUGGAUUUUUACAUGGCGAAACUUCACAGUGCCAUUGAGAGCAACCCCAUGCAGCACGAGAGGCUGGUCACCCGCGUCAAGGAGAUUCUCUCCCAGAUCGCCAGUGAGCACUUGUGAACUGCUGUGGGUCCCUCGUGCAUCUUGAAAAUGUUUCUUCUACAGCCUGUAGCUGUCAUCUUCUGGAUCUUCUUUGUUUCUUCUCUUCAGGGAAACUCGCCUUCUGCAUUUCUGAAUCUUCUAGGAACAACUCUUUGUUUGCUUUUUGUUCCUUCUACCAUGCCCUGAAGUUGCUUAGUGGAACGGUAGAUUACUACACAAAGCACAUGAUUAAUUCUAAGUUUACUGGAUUCCAAGAUCUGGCUUGAGAGGGUAGGACUGUAUCUUACAGUAUCAUCUUCUAACCUACCAGAUCAUGUAAGAAUAUUAUAAGGCUUAGGGGUGGAGAGAUUAGUCUUAUUUUUAGUCUGUAUAAAUACCAUUUGUGUUCAUUCAUAAAUCCCUUCCGCUCCAUUUCCACAUUAACUUGGAAUUUUUAAAAAAGCUGCACAAAACCUUACCAUCUGUAUUGUUUAAUCCAUUGUGCAUUUCUACAUGUAUUUAAAUACAAUUUAUUGAGAUGCAUUUUACCCCAAAGUAUUCAUUUUAAAAUCUGCUUUGAGACAAAGAGUAGCAUUGGAAAAUUGGGAAUUGUGUGAAGUCCAAAGGAUAAUGAGGUUCCAAUUGACACCCCGGUUGGAGAAGUGGAGAUCAAGUCUGUCUGUAUCAGAAUUUGUAAAGGAUUCUUCAAGCGUCUAUAAUGGGCUGCUUUGUAGCAAUUCCUUUCUUCUGGCUGGUGUUUCAAGUUUUAUAGAAUAUUCUUUUUUAAAAAACUGCAGAUGGCCAGAUUAGAACUGGAACUCCUUAAAAACCGAUUGACGCCUUCCACUUUAUACCUGAACUUGUCAGUCUGGUAUUGUUGUGGCCGCGGGGGUUUUUCGAGUGGCAGGCAAUCAGCCCUUUUCCAGCCCUGCUGUUGAGAAUCAUUUUAACUGGAACGGCCAAGAACUGAAGCUGCAACUUUCUGCUGAUAGCAGCCUGUGUUUUGCCUUUCACAGAGUUGCAAGCCCACUCUUUUUAAAAUUAAUUCCUCCCUCGCCAUCAUAUAUGUGCAGGGAGAGAAAGAGGGAGAGAGAUGGUGAAAAAUCUGGUAGGUAGGAUGCUGAAUUCAAUGGCCUGAGAACCUAGGCUCUGUGCCUUUGGAAAAAUGAAGUUCCUAGUCUGCAGUUGGUGGAACCACCGAUACAGGAAUUGAAGGAGAGGAUUUUCAGAACUGUUUGCUCUUUCCCAUGGAAAGAAGAGAAAAUAACAUAUCAAUGGAAGGACCAUGCUGCUUCAGAACAAGGGUCAAGUUAGUCCAGUAUUCUGCUCACAAAAUGGAACCCAAGUACUGCUGUGUUGCCUGCACCAUGGUUCCCAACAGCAGGUAUUCAGAGACAGAAAAUACAUAGAAAAAUGUGAUUUUCCUAAUGACAGCUGGCUACAAGACCUAAUCUGUUGGUGGACAACCUGAGUUCACUUGGCCUAAAAUAGGAAUUUCUCUGUUAGCAUACUCCUGCCUGCUUUCUCAUGAUUUUAAAAAUCCAGUCUUUAGCCUUUGAAUUAGUUCUGACUCCCAUAGACCUUCAGAAUCAUUUCGUUUCUUAGUGUUGAGUACUAAUUGGGAUUAAAAUUGUUUUAGCAAAGAGGGAAGUCGCUAUGUUGCUUUUGGGGGUGCUGGAAUUACUUUUUUUUUUAAACAAAAUAAAAUACUUGCAAACACAA